CUCGGUUGUUUCAAAGACGAUGGAAGCUGCGUGCGCCGCGUUGGUGAGUAAUCCCAUGGCCCGGUCCAAGGGAAAAGCGGUGAAACAAUAUAGAAUCUUCGUCUCCUUCUAGACUUGCUUACUGUACAAUGGGUUGCUCGUUCCGAAUCUCCUUAAAAGUCCGCCUUCCAUAGGCUUCCAGAAGAUUUCCCGAUCACUACAGUCGUCUCAGACCACUUGUGCCUCAUUCGUCUAAACCAUUCCCCAGUAAACCAUGCCACACCACAGCCUUGCCUUGCCUCCCAAAGCCCCGGAAGUGGAGCACUGGCGGGACGAACCUUUCGCCUUACUUCCUGUCGCCCUAUACAGCAUCGUGGAUCUCUCAGAUUCAGACUUGGUCGAGCUCCAAGAUGUCUGUGAGUCAAAGUGCGAGAGCAAUCGCGGCGAAUGCGUGCGACCACCGACGAAGUGGAAGUUCGUCGGUGACAACCUGAGCGCCGUCUUCAGAUAUCACGUUGAGCUCGCUGAGUCCCGUGAAUUCGAUCCAACACAUUUCAUUGUCGCCGUCCACACCAACUGGAAUAGUGAGGGCGUGCUCCUGAUCACACUGGAUUCAGACGAAGAAGAGUGCACCACCGACUCUUUCUGGAUCAAGGCCGAAGAUGCUGGGCAAGCUUAUGUUGAUGUUUUGAUUGGGAAGUUCGAAUGGCCCGAACAAAAGCAAAAGCUGGCAAUUAAGGGAUAAGGAGAGAAGACGUAAGAUGCCGUAACUUUACUGGCACUGAAACGGCGAAAAUCAGUCGCAGUCCUAUAAUGGGCAAGAUCAGUCCGCGCCCGUCCGAGCCCGGAUCACGAGUUCACCAUCUGCAA